AUGUCAGAUAAAGACAUUCACUCAAGUAAAUACAGUGAAUUGAGAAGUAUAUAUAAAUGCUACAUCGAUUCAUAUAAUGUAUUUUAUAGGCUGAAAACUGAAAAUGAAGAAGAAAUAAACAAGAUUUACAAAUUGAUCAAAACAGAACUGAUUGAUUCAAAGAAACAUCUUCCUUAUACUAUUAUAAGUGACAUUUUAUGUAUCAUUCCGUAUAAUAAUCGCUAUACAAAGGCUUAUUUAUCUCUCGCCAAACUCAUAUAUGAUAAUUAUAAAGUAAACGAGGAAAUUAGAGUUCCAUUAACUGUCGGAUACUUAUUUUAUAAAGAAUAUGGAAUUAAACUAAACAAAUCUGAUGAUUUCGAAAAAAUUAAAUCAGAAAAUCUCCAAAUUCAUAUAGAAAAUACAAUUUACAGGGCAAUUAUGUAUAAUAACUUAGAAACAUUCAUUUCAUUCACAGAAAAAGAAGGAUUUGAUAAAGAUCAAAGACUUGAGAGCGAAUUAUAUCCAUAUUAUAAGAAAGGAUAUUCAUUACUUGAAUUAUGUUGUUACCACGGUGCAGUUGAUUGCUUCAAGUUAUUAAGAACGAAAUUCAGCUCAGAAAUAACUCAAAAAUGUAUACAUCUUUCAUUUCUAGGUGGAAAUCAGGAGAUCAUGUGCGAAUGUUUAAAAUAUCAAAUCCCAAUUGAAAGAUGCAUGAAAUAUGCAAUUAUUUCACACAACAUUGAUUUUGUUACAUUCUUGAUGAACGAAUACGAUAUAGAGAUAGAUUUAGAUUAUUGCGGAAUGUUUAAUAAUCUUGAAUCAUUUUUAGUUUAUUUCGAUCAAACCAAUGAUUUUAACAAAUGCUUUAUUAAUUAA